CUAUGUUAAGUACAGAGCUUUUAUUUCUCAUGGCAUAUGUACUGUGGAUUAUUCACCGCGCAUUUUAUUAGCGUUUUAUGAGAAACGUCAGGAGAAUACUUUAUCUCAUUGUAUUUUUCACCUAAAGAGCUAGAUUAGUGAAUGUAAUUCUGGUAGUUAAGUAGACAUUGUGAAAUUUGUGAGAUGAAUGCCGUGGAAGACGAGGAUGAUUUUUGGAAUAGCACCGAGAAACGAUCAUUCUGUUUCGAGAGCGAGGCGGAUCAGUUGAAGAAUGACACUGAGAAAUUGUGGACUGGAAUUUUCAAUACAUCGAGUUUUGAAAGUAGUUUUCAAUUUACCGAUGAUCUUCAAACCACAAAGCCUUUGCUAUCGAUUAUAUCUGAAAAGACGUAUAAACGCAUUUUAGAUGCGGAUAAUAACUUUGAAAAAAGUCGUUCAAAAAUAGAGACUAAACAUUCCGAAAUAGCAGUUACUCAGCCAGAUAUUACCUUGCGACAAAUAUUACUUAGCCAGCCAUAUUCAUUAGAACAAUACAAAUCUCUCGCUAGCAAAACUACUUUGUUAGAUACUGCUAUCUCAAAUGGAGAUGGAAAUGCUAUUUUGAUAAUAAUUUUAUUCCUUGUGAAAACUUUAAAACGAUCCUUGGUACAAAGGCUAUUAAUAGAGAGGCCAGAUGCGGUAAACGUGUAUAUACAUUAUCUGUUUAUAAGACUGCAGACAAGUGAAAUAACUGAUAUUUUGACUAUGCUGGGCCACUCCUCGACCGCUGCUAUGAAGAAUCUGCAUAUUAUUGUAAAAAACACAAAAGAUCCAAAUAGGCUACUGCAAAAACUUGAAAACUGUCGUAAGGCACAUUUCGCUAUGCUGCCUGAUUGCAAAGAAAAUACAUUUUUGGAAUCUUAUAUUAAAUUGUUGGAAUGGCAAAUGGCAAUCAAGCAGAAAAAGAAUGAUGAGGAGCUUCCAUUGAAUUCUUCCAUUUUGGAAUCUCUGCGUUAUGCAUACAAACACCAUUGCAAUACACCGAACGAUUUUGUCACGAUAUCACCCAUGACGUUUUCUCAAGACCAUGAUAUCUCUCAUGGGUUACAUCAGAAGGUUGCUCUACAAAUUAAAGCCUCCUGUGGUGGAUGGGACGACAUUGAUCGUUUACUCUUAACAAAGGGAAUACUUGGUAAUACGAAAUUACAAACGCAUUUGUACACAGAAGACAUUUUGAAAGUAUUGUAUAAAUACAACGCGCCACAUGCCGUUCUCGAGAAGUAUCUGAAAUUUAUCGAUAAUCUGGAGAAGCGCUUAGAAUUGGCAAAAAAACUAUCUUGCCAUACAAUAGUAAUCGACAUAUUUGUACAACAAGGGGAUCGUGCAGUGUUGCUGGAUUACAAAGCGAAAUUGCAGCCUCAAUCCGAAGAAUAUUUUUAUGCUGAGAGCGCUUUGCGUUUACCACAUAUAAAAUGGAAGAGUUAAGUUAAUUGUGUUCGCAAAUGUAAAAAAAUGAUAUAUAUUUAAAUAUAAAGAAGAAUUUAAUCAUAA